AUGUGGCUGUAUGAGGGGCCGGGUGACUACACUCGGGUGCAUCCUGAAGAUCUCACCAAGAAGGAGGUGGGAGCCAAGAUCAAGGCCAUCACCUGCGCCUGCGACAACCAGCGAGGGACUCGGUUGGUGCCAGCCUUUCACAAGGACAUGCCGCCUAUCGAGGUAUUUGGCUCUGAUUCUGUCGGCUUAACUGUAGGACUUCCAGAAACUGAUCUCCAGGAUCCCAUGGUGGACCGCUCGCCUCAAGAUGUGACGAAUGACACCGAGCAGCAGUACUCGGAGAGGUCCGAUGAUGACGAAAGUGAUGACGACGACGAUGACGAUGAGGAUGAGAGUUCAAAGGAGGGGGAAGAGGCGGAGUCCUCUCCAUCUUACGAGGCCCACAAAGAACCCCGUUCCAAGGCGCUGCAUGACCCAAAGGGCAACGCAGGAGAAACUCAAAAGCCGACUACUUCUGGUCGGGCGACUCGGAGUUCCAAGCGCGCCCCUACGCUGCUAGAUCUCUUCGGCACGAUGCACGAAGACAUCUGGAAGGUGCUCUUCGAGGCCGGCGAGGCACCACCGCCGAUGACUGAGAAUCGUGGGCUUAGCUUAAAGCGCCAGGCUAAUUCGGCGUCGCUGCUUGCUGCCACCGCUCAUACUGCGGAGGUCUCCGGUCUGAAGCAGAGCCUAGAGCGGGCCAAUGAAGAGCUCGGCCUCGUAAAGAAGCAGCUUGAGGACAACCAAGGCCGCCGUCUCCCUCGCCGCUCCUCGCCGCCCGCCGCCCUUGCAGUUCUACAUGCCGAGGAGGCUGUAGAACCGCGAGUAGUCGCCGCCGUCAUCGUCGUCGUCAUCGUCGUCGUCGCCUCCUCCGCGGCCGCCGUCCCUGCUGCAACCGUCCCCGGUUGGCGUGGCGGGUUGGACGGUCCGGGGGCGUCCUCGUCGUCGUCGCUAUCGAGGAUCACGACACUGUGCUCGUCCUCGCGCCCACGUUUGCGGGCGGCUAUCUCCUCCAGGGCCCGGCCUCCAGACCAUCUCAUCGCGGAGGUAGUCGUCCCGCGCCCACUGUAG